AUGCCCGAUAUAAACAUCCCCGAAACCCAAAAGGCCUCCAUUCUCCAGAACCCUGGUCCGGACAUCGCCUUCAGCAUUGCGAAUGUUCCAGUCCCCACAAUUACCCCGCAACAAGUCCUCGUCAAACUCUCCGUAACAGGGGUCUGUGGCACAGAUAUUACACUCGCAAAAGGCUAUCUAGGUCCAACCCAGCACAUCCUCGGCCACGAAGGAGUUGGGAAAGUCAUACAAGUCGGAGCCGCAUGUACCAGUCCUAAUGCCGUGCUCGGUCAAACGGUCGGUGUAGGCUGGAUCCGUGAUGCGUGUGGCUCGUGUCAAAAUUGUGCACGAGAUACGACUCGAUGCGAGACGCAGGUAUUCAGUGGUCGCGAUGUUUCGGGCACAUUGACGUCUUAUGUGGCUGUUCCGGAGCGCUACAUUACGCCUUUACCGGAGAACGUUUCUCCUGAGUUACUGGCACCGGUGAUGUGUGCUGGCGUUACGGCUUAUAAGGCACUGAAGGUUGCCGGGAUUACCCCCGGAUCAUGGGUGCUUGUUUCUGGUGCUGGGGGUGGAGUUGGGGCGUUGGCUGUUUCUUAUGCGAAAGCGAUGGGGUAUCGGCCUAUCGGCGUUGACGGGGGUUCAAAAAGGGGAGAGAUUGUCAUCGAGGCCGGGGCGGAGAUCUACAUCGAUUAUGAAGAGGAUCAGGACUUGAAGAGCGCGGUAUUGAGGGAGACAGGUGGGAAGCUUUGUGCGGCUGCUAUCGUUUGUGCGGGUGUUGUGUCGGCGUAUGAGUCUUCGAUCGAGUGUCUGGAUUAUUUCGCGACGCUUGUUGCCGUUGGAAUCCCGCCGCCACCGUUGAAGAUGUCGAUUCAUCCACUGACUUUGAUUGACUAUGGAAUUAGAAUGAUCGGCAGCAUUACGGGGGAUCGAGCUGAUAUUGCCGAGGCCGCGGAGUUUGUGCGUCGAGGUGUGGUUGUGCCGAAGGUCAUAAUGGUUGCCAUGCCAUUACUAAAUUCUUAUAUGGAGCGCUUGAAUGACUUGGAGGGUAAGAAGCUUGUUGUUUGCUUAGAUGGUUCUAUUUAG